AUGAAUACUUUAACAAAAAUUGCUAAACAAUUUUGUAAAUAGAUUAAAGAAAAAAAGGACGAUUUCUUAAGCAGUGAUAGAUAUGUUUACGCAAGACAAAAACUCCAAAUAAUCAAUGAUCCAAAAUUUAUACAGAAAACAAUCAAAAUAGAAGAAUCUGCUAAAGCUAAAAAUUAUUAUUUAACAAGUAAACAAUUUCCUAUAUUGCUUUGUGCUGGAACAUUAUUCUUCUAUCACCUAUGGUAAGUAAUGCCUUACUCUAAAAUAUUUAAACACACCUCCAUUAGUGAGUACACUAAAGACCUCCUUUAUCCAAUUUUAUUGGCUCCCUCAUCACAUCAAACAACUUAAUCCUUUUUAACUUAUGUGCCAGCUUUAAUAUGUGGGUUGUAUUUAAAUGGCUAUUAUAUGAAUUACAAAGGAAUGAUGGGAUUGUACUUAGCUAAUAGUUUAGUAUAAAUAUUUAAGUAUUUAGUUAAGUAGUGCUGUAACAUAUUACUACGAAAAAUACCGAAAUGAGUAGUUGGGAAUAUCAAUGAUAUCACCAAAGACUACAGGGGCUUGCACAGCGUUAGCAUAUAUAUUUUCAUUUGUUGUCCUCUCCCCUGAUUAUAUGAUAAGAGUAUUCAAAUUAUACUAAAUAGAAAAAACUUCCCUUUGCCAUCUUUCCACUGUUAUACUUAAUAUACGAAGUUGAAGAAUUCCUUAUGGACGAUCAAUAAAAUUGCAGACCAGCUCACAUCUCAUCUAUAAUUUUAGGAGCUGCAUAUGGGCUUAUUUUCAAGAAAUAUUACAAAUUUUUAUGA